AUGAUGUCCUCCAGUCCCUCCUCUCCUGCUUCAGCAUCCCCCACCACCAUGACUUCUGGAGCCUCGGCAUCCUCCACUUUCUCCCAGUCUUCCACCACCUCUGGAUCCACAGCAACCCCAACAACCAACCAGUCCCCUUCGACAACCCCCAGCAGCACAGCAAGCCCCACCACCCAAUUCACCACCUCAACCACCAUUGGAGUAGGUUUAACAGGCAUGACCACGUCCAACCCGGCCAUGCCGACCACAAGUGGGAAAAUGGCGACUGCAGGUGGAACCAUGCUGGCCACCAGUGGAAAUAUGCCGACUAAAGGUGGAACCAUGCUGGCCACCGGUGGAAAUAUGCCGACUAAAGGUAGAACCAUGCCGGCCACAGGUGGACAAAUGCAGAAUACAGGUGUGACCAGAUCACCCCCCAUCAUGACUUCAGGCUCUGGUUCUAUGAACUCAAUGAUGACCACCAGUAUGUCAUCAAACUCCACUGGUGGCUGGUCUAGUAUGAAUGGCACCAACAUGAUAUACUGCCCCUCAUUCACCUGUAACUACACCGACUGCUAUAGAAUGUACAACAGUCAGAAUGCCACUACCUGUGAUGCUGGUGUCUAUUGUGAGCUGAUUAGACAGACGGACAUGUGCUACAUUGCGAGCUGCAGCGUCGCCUGUGCUGAAAGUUGCGUCAACGCCUCUCAGACCAACUGCUCUAUCGCCUGCUGCAACUCUACUGGCUGCCUCAAUGACACUUUUGCAUCCAUGAUGAUCACAUCCGCAAUGAUUCCAACCACAACAACAGCAAUGACAAUGGGUGGCAAAAGCGAACCAGCCUCUACGACAACCACCAGUCCACAAACCACAGAAGACAAGAGAAAUAAAUGCAACUCUGGUGAAUGCAUUGGUGCAGAUUGCUACAAAUCUUUUUCAACUGUCCAAUCAUGCUCCUCCUCAGAACCACACUGUCAGUUGAAAAAGGAGACCAAAGAUUCCGGUUUGUUGUGGACGGCAGGUUGUUUCACCAACUGUUCUGAAGAAACCCCAUGCAAGGAAAACACCUCACCUCCGUGUCACCUGGAGUGCUGCAACGCCACCAUGACCUCCUGCCUGAUGCUCAACGGGACUCUGAACGUCCCCAAUGUGGCCACCGGAGGUCCUCACCUCCACAUGAUAGCGUCCUUACUCUGCCUGCUCACCAUGGCUCUGCUGCUGUGA